AUGAAUCUCCUUGUUCAGAAACAACCAGCUUUGAUAGAGUCAUACGACACAGAGAAAUCAGCGAGAGAUAUGCUUCCAAUGCAUAAACGUGAUGCCAGUUACUCUCUCACACAGCCGGUAGUGUCAUUUCGAAGCUUGGAGACAAGUGCUACUAUAAUUGAGAGAUCGGGAUGGCGGAUAGGAAAGCCGAUACGCUGGAAAACCAGCUUGAAUGUUGAAGAUGCCGAAAUCAUUAUCAGGAAACCUUUUGUGUCUCACAUUAUUGACAGACUUUAUCAAAUAACAAGCCUUAUUGAAACUGCUCAAGAAUACGGCUGGAUCAACGAAGAAUUCCGUUACUUCAUUCAAGAAGGUGCCGCGGGAUCAGUGGUGAUUGAAAUGAGAGAGAAGAUUCAUCUAAUGGCGCAAACUCCACGGGAUGACAUGCCCUUUUUCAGUUUUGCUCUCACCCAGCUAUCCACGUCGGCUGGCAGCAUAACUGCCAGCCCUAGCAGUGGCAACAGCAUUUCAAGGUCGUUCGACUGGGUUUGUCUUUUUUUUGCUAGUGCUGAUUUUGAUCUCGAAUCCAUCUUCACUCGUGAUGUAUUUCCACCUGACUACCACGAGCCACAUCGAUCCCCUGACUUCAUGGCACUGCCCACAUGGAUCCUGAGAUGGCAGGUGGAACAUCUAAGGAGAAGCCUAUUUGAACUGAGAAGCACCAUCGUCGCGGAUAAUGAGAUAAAUAUGAAAACCCCAUCUCGCGAACAUCUGGUUCUAAUCCGAGAGAAGAUUUUCCAGAGAGAAAAAUCACAUCUAAUGUUGCAUCGACGAUGGCUAUUUGCCAAAGAGUUAGCCGAUACUCUGCUCCGGUCGUUUGAGAUAAUAACGACCCGCACCAACAACAAGAACUGUCUCGAAGUGCACUCUGAGAUAGCAAAGCAGAAUGUCAUGACUCAGCAAAGUAUGCUGCAGGCAAUUCAGCAUGAUCUGGAUAUGACUCCUUGGAGCAUAAAGGCUCAAUAUUGA